AUUGUUAUGAUGCGCGUAUGCGUAGUGAGGUAAUGCCAAAAAGCGCGUGAUUGCGAACAAACAUUUACGUGACCGAUUCUUUUAUUUUUUCUUUUCUAGUUCUGCGAUGUUCCGCGAUGAUUUUUGAGAUACAGUGAACGGUUUGUGCUUUGAUUGUUUAUUUUUUGCAAAUGUCAAACAUUUGGGAUUAAUUUCUACCAUUCUUUAAAAUGUACAUCGGUUUGUUUGACAUUUGGAAACGGAUUUUACAAAGUUUGGGAUUUGUACCACCAGGUGAAUCUAGGCAUUUCUUGAAAGAGCGUCCGCAGGAAAUAAGAAUCAAGCCUCCUGAAUUCGACAGUGGGAAACAAGUUCGUGUGUUGCUAUUUAGAGAGCUCAAUGGACAGGAACGACGGCUCUUGUUUGAUUCGAAGUCUGUCCGGAAAAAAGAUCCUUCCGGAUCACCUUGUGGCAAGCCUCCUCCUCACAUGAGCCCCAGGAGAAGCCAAGAAAGCAGCAUUGAGAAGUCCUUCAAACUGAAUGAUGUUCAAAGCAAAGAAUAUAUUUACGAAUGGCAGAAAUCUAGCUCUGACGAGCAGAUGUUGAAAGAAAUGAUUUUUGGAGCAGUAUCUAUAUCAUAUCAGGGUACAACCCUGAAAGUUCAUACAAUCAGGUCACCAUCCCAAGUCAUGCUUAGUGUUGUAUUUCCUGCUCCACCAGUACCUAUGUUUCGAAUUGGGGAACAAGAUACUGAAGAAUCAGGAAAAUGGAAUGCUUCAGUAAAUGAACUUAAUAUAAAUAAACAAUCUGAAAAACCAGAAAUACAUUUAGCUCACAGUGUGCCUGUCAAUGUACCUAGUCGUUUAUCUGGUCAUUAUGGAGAAUCUAAAGAUAGUGAUUCAGAUUCCCUCCAAUCACAUGAUGGCUAUAGUAGUCUUCCUACAACUCAGCUUACACCUGAGGCAGCUGUGGCUUGUCUUCCCCGUUCAAGCAGUUACAAUAGCCUUCAAAGGCGACUUUUGCGGAAUAAAGCCACUAGUAUUGAACUAGGCUUGCAGAAACCAGAUGAGAGUAAUUCUCCCAAUGAAGAGUUUUCAAGAAGCACUGGGCAGAAAAGAGUAAAACUUGGGCUGUCCAUUGUUAUCAGUUUUCAAGAGGAAAACAAGCAAGAAAAAGAUUUCAUUCAGUUCCUUUUCACUCAUAUGGCGUUAAUUGAAGGACAUCUAAUGAGUUUAAAAGAUACUGUUGUCAGAGCUUAUUUGAACAGAAGAAAUUUCGUUCACUUUAUGUUUGAAGGCUCUAAGAAAUUUCAACAAGCCAUCAGUGAUUUGUAUAUGGCUCCACGAUUGCAGAAUCCUGAAUGGCUGACCAUCAUUUCAUCUCCUAAUCAUUGUCAUCGAAGUUACACAUUUCUAGAAAAAUUUGCUGAUUCAUUGAAGCUGUAUGAUAAAAAAGAAACACAUUUUUUCAUUAGCACUCUUCUUACUGCUGUUCUCACUCAUCAUCUAUCUUGGGUUCCUUCUGUAAUUCCUACAGAGUCGAAAAUACAGCCAUCUCAAACAAGUCACAAGCAUACUCCAUGUUGGGUGGAUUUACUAGCAAAGUCCAGGCCAUACAAUCCGCACUGGGUACAAUUAAGUGACUUAUAUGGUGCUCUUGGAUUUCCUUUAAAACUUGCCAAAACUGUGGUCAAAGGGCAAAAUAAAGAUGUUGUGUUAAAGAUUUUGCAAGUAUUCAGUUAUUUCAUUAGAUGCAGUGACAUCUAUGAACAAAUUUAUGAAAGUCUAGAUGGUUCUAUUUCAGAUACUGAAAGUUUGAAAACAAGAGUUUCGAGAUUUCCUUCUGGUGAUGCAAGCAGCUCCAAAACUGCUUUAAGUCAAAGUAAUUCCUCAUUGAAAGCUCAUAGUAGUGUUCUCGAUUCUAAACAAGGUCUUCCAGAAACCUUACGUGCGUCAGACAUCCUCGGUGCUCCCGAUUCCUCAGACUCCGCCUCCGAUUCCUCGAAAGAUACAUGUGAUUUGACUGUAACGCCUUCAGAAGAAAAAAAUAAGGUUCAUUCAUUAGACUCUAGUUUAAUGCCAGAAGUGGCAGCGUCAUUAGUUCCUAUUUCCUCCCAAGAAAACCAAACUCUUGAUAAUAGAAAAAACUCUCGUGUGGACAGUAUUGGUUACAUAAGUAUGGACGAAAAAGACUUAGUUAAUCAAUGCAAACGGAGAUCGGCUCUGCAAGAAUGUCAUACAAACUGCUGUGGGGGACUUUCCAGUGCAGCUGUGAACAGUGGCUCAAUAAACAUUAAGGUUGGGAAAGAAAACAAUCCAACGAUCAAUGUCAUACCGUGUAUGGACAAAUGUCAAAGUAAACAUUGUGAUACGGAAUUAUGUUCUAAGAUGUGCAUGCCUUCAAAAUCAAAAGCCUCCUACGAAAAGUGUCUAUGCUAUGAUAAUCAGUUGAGCAACGAUAGUUCCACAAGUGAGAUAUUUGAAUCCCCAAAAAUGAAAGAGUGUGAAUCUGUGGAAGAAGGUUAUCACAGCAUGGAAGAACCUCAUAGUCCUAGCAAAAGCAAAUUGCACCUAUCUGAAAUGCUGAAACGCUUUGAUAGUUGGUGUCCUGAAGGCCUUGAAGAAGUGUCUUUACCAGAACUUCAAAAUUCAACUGAAAUUACCAAUUCAUCUCCAUACAAGAGUUUUGGCUGGUCUCUUAUGGCUGGCAUUUCAGAUCAUUAUCUUAUGGAUUUUUGUUUACAAGGUGUAGACGGACCAUUGACAGAGGAUGAGAUUAGAGAUGAUUUGAUUCAUUUAACUCAUAUUGAUGUUCUUGGUGAACCACCUUCAGAAGCUGUCUGCAUAUUAGCUGAUACAGAUAAAUGGACGGUGAAUCUACUGUCAAGCAAUUUUAUUGGAGGUGAAAAAGAUGGUUCACUCGGUGUUCGUAUUGCCAUGUCAUCUUUAGUUAGUGGAAUUUGUGAUGCCAUCUUAAAUAUGAUUGAACUUCGGAUACCCCCGGAAUCGUGCAUCAUUUAUUUGGAAGAUAGAUUGCAAGAACUUUAUUUUCGAAGUCAAAUGCUUUCAGAUUAUCUUCGUGGCAAUCGCUUGUCUAUUCCAUAUAGCAAAAUUGCUAGUACUUUAAAUGUUGAUGCAAGUGAUAUUCCUCUACUUUUAUCUAUUGCUACAACUCAUUCACCCUAUUUAUCUGUACAUAACCGGUGAUUUAUCGCCUCUUUUGUAUCAUAUGUUAGUAGCAACUCUGUUUGCAAAUAUUAUUUAUUUCAUAAUAAGGUGUUGAAGAACAUUAUCAGCUAAAAGAAAAAAAAAUGGAUUGUUUUCUUUCUCUCCGUCAAAUAAUCAAGAUUUUCAUUGACAGUUAAAGAAAAGGUUUAAAAAAAAUUAAAAGAUGAAAUAAAUGAUAAUGUUAUUAAAGCCCAAAAUUGCAAAAAUAUCGCAUACAUGUUUUUCAAGACUACAAGGAACCCCUUUUUUAGUGUAGAAAGCUUCAGCAUAUGGGCUAAGUAGCAGUAGUCUUACCUGCUGCUUAGCAUUAGAAGCUCAUGACUUUUCUGCUGUAUAAAAGGGAAUUCCUUGUAAUUUCGAAAAACAUGCAUACGAUAUUUUUGCAAUUUUAGUUUUUAAUGACAUUGAUUUAACCAGUUUCUUUUUUCUAUACAAUGGGAAAUAUUUUUUUUAUUAGUUAAAGAUUACUUAUUCUUAGGAUUUUUUUUGUUUUAAUGAUUUACAUUAUGUAGCAACUAAUCUAACAUGUGUUUGACAUUGAUAUUUAAGUUUUGAAUGGCUAUUAAACAGUGGGUUUAAAAUUAAAAAAUAUAUAUAAUAAAAUAUUCAUUGUUUAUGCAAUUUUACUAGCAUGUUUCUGUGGGGUUUCAUGCUGUAUGCAUUUUAAAAUAGUUUUUGAAUAUCCUGAAGUAUUACUUUUAAUCUUUUUCCCCUCAUGCAAUUAAAAAAACGUUUACACCACAUAGAAUUUAUAUAUGUUUUAAGGUAUUUAACGGGUUGUGUAUGUGUUGAGAACAGGAAAUUAACUGCUAUUCUAUUCUUUUUCUACGUGGUGUGCGAAAAACAUUGUUACUGGUUCAACUUGUUAUUUCUUUGAGAACUUUCAUUGCUUAAUAUAUCUAUGAAUCAAUCAUUGCAUGUGUGUGCACGUUUUUACUUAUUUUAUAACUUUCAUAAAUUUCACCAAUAAGUGCCUUUAGAAACUUUGUCAUAAUAAUUGAAUUUAGUUUUUCCUAAUUUGGCAUUCAAUUGUUUCCACGAUGUUAAAAAUGUGCACACCUUUAAUACUUGUUAGCAGCAAUCAGAAGAAUAAAAAAUAUUUUUAACUUCAAUUUGGUUAAAUUUAAAGCUUGUAUUUUGUUCUUCUCCACCUUAUGUACCUGGUUUAAGAGUCCUUUUCAUUGUAUCCAUUUGUGAAUAUUUUCAUAACAUUCCAAUCUUUACAAAGAUUUCUAUGCACUGUCCAGUUUGUAUGUUAAAAGUUGUACUUCGAUAAUGUAUAUUUGGUUUGGUUUUUUGAAAAUGUCUUUUUGAAUUUGCCAUUUUCAGCAAAAAUUACUGCAUUUGUUGUAUUUCCAUUCUUGUUUUCAAAUAUUUGACACAGACAUUUUGGGAAUUUCAUAACGAUUGCAUUUGUUUGCUAAUGUUUUACAUUUUUACAUACUUCUUCAAAAACUUAUCAACAAUAUUCUUAUUCAAGUUGUUUUUAAAUUCCAUCUGGAAACUUAUUUCUGAAAUGCAGCUACAGUGCCUUUUCAUUCUAAGUAUUAUAUGAAACAGGCCAGUGUCUGCAAUGUAGCCCCUUUAAAAGUAUUCAAUAGGUAUGAAGCAGAAGAAAAUGUCAGAUUUAAAUAAUUGUCAGAUGAUUUGUGCUAAUGAAGAAAUCAAGUUUUGUGGUUGAGAUCAGUUGUACAAAAAACAAUUUAAAAACCCAUAGGUGAAAAAAUAAGGAAAAAAAAAUAUUGAAGGGAAUUAUGUUUCAAAACAAAAGAUUUGAAAUUGUUAUUGAUAUCUUUUGCAUCAUGGGAAAAACUUAAUUUCUAUCUUAGUAUGAAUAAUACGAUAAUGUAACUAUUCCUCAACUGUGCAUUCCAACAAAAAUGAGGCACAAAUUUGAAAUGAAAAUUACACGCACGUCAUGCUUUAGUUACAUGGAGGAUUUUUGUGCAAAAUGAAGCACUGUUAAAAAAAAUACCAUUUUUCUUGUAACCCUAUGAUGCUCAUUGUGCACGGUUAAUUUAGAAAUACGUGUAUGCAAUUUUCAUAGCGAAAGUGUAUGCCUUAACUUUGCAGUAUUAAGUGUACAGUCUACAAAAGGAUACAUAUUUAUUGAUUGUUAAUCUAAUAUUUCAAUGCUGCUGUUUCUAAACUAUGAUACAAUUUUCUAGACAUGUUUUAAGGGCAGGAAAAUAAUGUUUCGUAACAAUUAAAACAAACUUUUAGCGCAGCAGGUAAUUUUUUCCUCUUUCGUUUGACUUGGACAAGCUGAAACAUUAUUCCCAACUUAAAACCAAUUACUCUUUUGUAAUAUUGUUGCUUAAAAUAUCAAAGAAAUUCAUAUUUUUUUAAACAAAACAAAAAUGUAAACAUAGUACAGAACCAUCUGUUGUUCAUUAUCAGAGCCAUACAAUUUCACCAUAAUUUCAUUUGUACAAUGCUACCUCAUCAUUGAUUUAUUUUUAAAAAUUGUUAAUACAUAUUAGUUUUUUUUUUUUUUUUCAAUAUAAACAAAUGCAAAAUUGUUCGAAAUUGGUUUUUAGCUUUGUUAAAAGAGCUGUACUAGUAGAAUAUGUUGACAUAUAUUUUUUCAAAAAUGGUUUUUGUUUUUAAUGCUCUAAUGUGUAGUUACUGGUACUAUGUCAUUUGAAUUUUCUCAAAGCAAUACUUAAAUGACUCUCAGUUGUGCAAAGGCAAUAGUUUUCUUGCGUUCCAACUAAAGAGCCAUCCACAGUUCAAAAAAAUUGAAAAUAUACUUUGCUUUUCUUUUUUAAUGGGAAUAAUACACAUCAGUUUUAUGUUGCUACUUGUUUUUCUCAUAAAAUUCAAUGUACGAAUUGAUGGUACAGAUUAAAAAAUCGUCUUAAAAACUAUAUGUAUUCACUCAUGUAAUAUGAAACUUAUGUUCCUUAUAGUAAUGAAAACCAAAGUUUCAGUACUUUUCUGCUCUAGUAUUUUUUACUAAACUUUAAACGCAGUGCUUUGGCGAAUUAUUUUUAAAUUUCAAAUAAU